GCGCGCUCUCUGCUGCUGCUGCUGCUGCUGCUGCUGCUCUCGCCCGGUCCCAGCCCUGCCGCGCCGCCACCAGCCCACCCGGAGCAGCGGCGGCGAGAGCGGCAGCCUCUCUCGCGUCGGGGCGGAGGAGCAGCGGCGCGAUGGCGGUGGAGGAAGAGGGGCUGCGGGUGUUCCAGAGCGUCAAGAUUAAAAUAGGAGAAGCCAAAAAUCUUCCUACCUAUCCAGGGCCAAACAAGAUGAGGGAUUGCUACUGUACUGUAAACCUGGACCAGGAAGAGGUUUUCAGGACCAAAAUUGUGGAGAAAUCACUAUGCCCCUUUUAUGGAGAAGACUUUUACUGUGAAAUUCCGCGGAGUUUUCGUCACCUAUCAUUUUACAUUUUUGACAGAGAUGUUUUCCGCAGGGAUUCAAUAAUCGGGAAAGUAGCAAUAUGGAAGGAAGAUCUACAGAAGUACCAUAACAGAGACACCUGGUUUCAGCUACAACAUGUUGAUGCAGAUUCAGAAGUACAGGGCAAAGUCCAUCUGGAGUUGAGGCUCAGUGAAGUCAUAACAGACACUGGUGUCAUUUGCCAUAAGCUUGCUACACGAGUUCUAGAAUGCCAAGGCCUGCCAAUCGUGAACGGACAGUGUGAUCCUUACGCAACAGUUACAUUAACAGGACCGUGCAGAUCAGAAGCCAAAAAGACUAAAGUUAAAAAGAAGACCAACAACCCGCAGUUCGAUGAAGUGUUUUACUUUGAGGUUACCAGACCCUGCAGUUAUAAUAAGAAGUCCCACUUUGACAUUGAAGAUGCUGAUGAAGUGGACAAGAUGGAAAUCAGAAUUGACCUUUGGAAUGCAAGCAACUUGAAGUUUGGUGAUGAGUUUCUGGGAGAACUAAGGCUACCUUUGAAAUUCCUCCGGCAAUCCAGCUCUUAUGAAGCAUGGUACUUCCUGCAGCCCAGAGACAACGGUAACAAGUCACUGAAACCAGAUGACCUGGGUUCCUUGAGGUUAAAUGUGGUUUACACAGAAGAUCAUGUUUUUCCCUCAGACUAUUAUAGCCCACUUAGAGACCUCUUGUUAAAAUCUGCAGAUGUUGAGCCUGUUUCAGCAUCUGCUGCCCACGUGUUGGGUGAAGUAUGCAGGGAAAAACAAGAGGCAGCCAUACCUCUGGUGCGGCUUUUCUUACACUAUGGCAAAAUUGUGCCUUUCAUUAGUGCAAUUGCAAAUGCAGAAGUGAGAAGAACUCAAGAUCCAAACACAAUUUUCAGAGGAAACUCAUUAACUUCCAAGUGCAUUGAUGAAACCAUGAAACUAGCAGGGAUGCAUUACCUUCAGGUUACUCUAAAGCCAAUUAUUGAUGAGAUCUGCCAAGUGCAUAAACCUUGUGAAAUUGAUCCUGUGAAGUUGAAAGAUGCUGAAAACUUGGAAACUAACAGGGAAAAUCUUAGGCAAUAUGUAGACCGGAUUUUCACAGUCAUUACAAAAUCUGGGGUUAGCUGUCCUACAGUGAUGUGUGAUAUCUUUUUUUCUCUGAGGGAGUCAGCUGCAAAACGUUUCCAAGGUGACCUAGAUGUUAGGUACACAGCUGUAAGCAGUUUUAUUUUCCUGAGAUUCUUUGCUCCUGCAAUUCUUUCUCCAAACCUCUUCCACCUUACACCACAUCAUCCAGAUCCACAGACCUCAAGAACGUUGACGCUUAUAUCCAAGACUAUACAAACGCUAGGCAGCUUAUCAAAAUCUAAAUCUGCCAGUUUCAAGGAAUCUUAUAUGGCCACAUUUUAUGACAACUUUAAUGAGCAGAAAUAUGCAGAUGCAGUAAAAAAUUUUUUAGAACUGAUUUCAUCAUCUGGAAGAAAAGAUCACAAGAGCAUAGAGCAACCUAUACUACUUAAAGAAGGGUUCAUGAUCAAGAGAGCGCAAGGGAGGAAGCGAUUUGGUAUGAAGAACUUCAAGAAGAGAUGGUUUCGACUCACUAACCAUGAAUUUACUUAUCAGAAAAGCAAAGGUGAUCAUCCGCUGUGUAGCAUUCCAAUUGAAAACAUUCUGGCAGUAGAAAAAUUGGAGGAGGAGUCAUUCAAAAUGAAAAAUAUGUUUCAAGUUAUUCAGCCUGAAAGAGUCCUGUACAUCCAAGCAAAUAACUGUGUCGAGGCCAAGGACUGGAUUGAUAUCCUUACCAAAGUUAGCCAGUGUAACAAGAAACGUCUCACUGUCUAUCACCCCUCUGCAUACCUUAAUGGGCACUGGCUGUGCUGUAAAGCUACUGCAGAUAAUACUCCUGGCUGUACUCCCUGCACUGGGGGUCUACCAGCAAAUAUACAAUUAGACAUAGAUGGUGACAGAGAAACUGAACGAAUCUACUCCCUUUUUAAUUUGUAUUUGUCUAAAUUGGAGAAAAUGGAAGAGGCUUGUGGCAGCAAAUCUGUAUAUGAUGGGCCAGAACAGGAAGAGUAUUCAACCUUUGUCAUCGAUGACCCUCAGGAGACCUAUAAGACACUAAAACAGAUUGUUGCAAGUGUUAAAACCCUAGAGCAGGAACAUGCCCAAUACAAGAGGGAUAAGUUCAAGAAGACAAAAUAUGGGAGCCAAGAACAUCCCAUUGGAGACAAGAGCUUCCAGAGUUACAUCAGGCAGCAGUCAGAAAUCUCAGCACAUUCCAUUUGAAGUUUGAAAGAAGUUGCUGAUAGGUUGAAUUAGAAGGAGGAGGAGGAGGAGAAGAAAAAGAGGAGCCACUUGUAGCGAGAUGUACAUAACGAGCACCAGGCUUGCUGAGCAUUUUCUCUCUCCAGGAACUGUUUAAAGUAGUUGCUAUGCACUUUAAAUUCAUCUGGUGUAAACAGAUGGAGGAACUCUGCCUUCUUGGUGGUUUUCAUUGGUUGUGUUGCAUUGUGUUUGUGUGUGUGUUUUAGUGAUCAGUUCAAUGAUCAAAGUGUGUGGACUUCAUACGGACAAUUUCCACAAUCCCUUUACAUAACUGAAAGCCAACAACGUUGUUGGAAGCUUUUUUCUAAACUUUGUUAUUGGCUGUUGGCUACUUUUUGUGCGAUGCCUCACAGCAGUUAAAGAAGGCUUUGCAGCACAUCCCCUCCCCCUUUUUAGUGGCAUUGUUUAAAACAAAGUGGAGAGUAGCCCCUUUCUGGCAGUCUCCCUAUACUGUAGCUUGCAUUACCAUAGGCCAGGCAAACAGCAGGGCAGUUUGGUCUUAGCAGCAGCUUAAUGUUUGUUGAGGGGUUGGCUUUUUAAGAGAAAUCUAAAUAUUUAAUGGUACUUCUUAAUAUUUUUGAGAUAAAAGUUGUUUCCAUCAAGGCAUUUUCUAUUUUUGCUAUAAGCGGUGCCAUAAAGUUAAAUAAUACAAAUUAAAGCAAAUAGUCAAAAGUGUAAAUAAUACAAGACUGCUCGGAGAGACUUUCACAGAAAAUUUAGCUUGGAUAUCGGAGUGACUGUAUUUUUCUCCUGUUUUAAAGGAUCACACAACACGUUUCCUUCAUUCAUAGUACUUCCACAUAUGGGUGGGGGGGAGGGAUUCAGAUCACGUUCAGUUUGUCAUUUCCACAUGUGCUCAUAUUUGACCUCAUGCAGACAGUAGAACAUAGCGGUAACACCAGGAAGUGGAAAUGGAUUUACUGUGUAGCACUGUAGUCCCAAAGUGUUCUGAACCUCACCAGGUUCUUUCUCAGGCGAAAUGUGAAAAACUAGACACUGCUGUAUCUUCUCAAAAUACCCUUUGUACAGAGAUUGACUGCUGCAAACUAGAUGCAUUUCAGACACAAAUGGAUUCUCCCAUGUUUACCCAUGGCUUGUACGCCCAACACAGAAGCAUUAUCCAUGUUGGAAGACCAUGUCUUGUUCACAAAUAACAUCCCAACUGCCCUAAAAAGGGACAGAGCUGUAAUUUCAGAGAAACGUGUUCUAAUUAGGGGCUUGUGCUGCUUUAACUGUGUAGGAGAAGUGUCUGCCAAAUGGGGCUUGCCCAUUCUUUUAGAGACCAGAGCAGAAAGUUGUGAAGGUUUAUAUACUCAACUGAAGUUCAUAUUCUCCUAGCUCUGUUUUUGGGGGAUGAAAUUUAUACUUUCUACAAAAAAAAAUUGAAAUAUAGGUGUUUCUUUUUAAAAAAUUAGCAUUAACACAGUUGUAACUUGUUAAAUAUGUUAGAUGAAGUGGAAUGAGUUAUGUACCUCAUAAAUAUCAGUAGAUAUUGCUAAGGAGAGGAAAUGAUGAUGCGAUAUAAGUGUACGUGAUGUUUUAUAUAUGUGUGUGUGUGUGUGUGUGUGCACGUGCAUGCGCGCACAGAUACAUACACACAUGUAUAUGUAUGUAUUUGCUGUUUAGCUAUAUGUCGUAACCUCUCUUUAAAGGUCUGCUGCAAUGCAUGUUGGGUUUUGAUAAAAGCCUAAAUAACGUAACAGAAGUGAUGAGGUUUUUUUGAAGAAGGAAGAAAUAUUUUUGGACCAUAAUGAAUGAACUUUCAGAUUGAUAUCAAGAUUCCAUUGUUUUUGCCUAAUCACGUUUCUGAAGAAAUCUUCAGUUUCCUGCAGGCAUUUGGAGCAUUAAAGAAAUACUGAAACUAAACCCAGCACAGAGCACUCAAAUCCUAUUUAAAUAAAUUAAUCUCUCUCUCUCUCUCUCUCUCUCUCUCUCUCUCUCUCUCUCUCUCUCUCUCUCUCUCUCUCUCUCUCUCUCUCUCUGUCUUGCAUCCUCUAUUUUUUUUUUAGUAAUGUUACAUAUUUUCUUGUUCCUUAGCAAUUCAUUGUGUUAGGGAACUACAGGAUGAGAAAUGGUAUCCUGUCACUUGCCAGCAGAACGACUGGGAAAGGUCUAUGUGCCAUGAACUGCCCUCUGAAAGCCAGUUUUUUUUUUAAAAAAAAAUGUAUUUGUAACUUAAUAGACUUUUAAUUAAAUACUAAUGACCUGCAAUGUG